ACACUUUCCUGGGAGCGCGCUAUAAAUAUACCCAUUCAGUUUAGUUUGCAAACACACAGACGGAGAGAAUAGCAGCUAACAGCAGCAGCAACUCCGACAAUAUGAGUGCAAGGGAGCAAGAUGAGACUGAUUAUGAUUGCACCGCCAUUUUCAUAAGAAUUACCAAUAAGCUAGUUGAUGUGCUGCUUAAGCUUUUAAGAGUGAUGAAUUUAUCUGGUCCUCCGUUGAACAUGGUCGGCGUUAUAAUUGUACUGGUUUUUAUUCCAGUAUCAUUUGUUUACAUGGCUGCAGCGGAGGCAAUAAACCAUGUUUCAAACACGCGCUACCGUUAUGUGAUUGGACCCAUCAUUUACGUUUCGGGUGUCCUAUGUGUCAUACUACUAUUGGCCCUCUUUCUAUCACAAGCUCAUAUCUGAGUAUCCAUGUGAGAUGGGUUUGAUUUGAUGGGCUUCAUGGACCAUGUGUUAUCCCUGCUUUUUUAGAUUUAAUGUUGUUUCAUGGGGGCCUAGUUUACUUUACUUCUAGAUAUGUAUUUUAUUUGCUUUGGACUACUUUUGUUUAUGUUUGUAUUGGAACUAGACCAUGACCUCUAUUGCUUACUCACUACAAGAGAUCACAAUUAACUGUA